GACCUUUUACUUUUUGACAGAUGACAGUUGAUGACUUAGAGGUUAAAUUCCUUCAAAGUUUGUUCAAAAGAAAAAACAAAAAAGUAAAAUGUUGAACUAUGAAGAUGUGUUAACAGGACUGCUAUUUUUACCGGCGGUGUAUAUGUGGAAAAACUUUUACUAUACGUAUAAAACAGUCAAUCAGCGGUACAAAGAAGAAGAACUUUUUCAAAAAAGGCACAAUUGUGUUGUUAUGUACUCGAAGACACAUAUGAGAGGAUGGCCUCCCGAAUAUAGUCUCACAAUAGAUAAAACUAACUUGGAUCGUUUUUUAGAACCUUAUAUAUAUUUUAUAAAUACUGCAAAACACAGCUUAAACAUAGCAAUGAUGAGAAUUGCAAUAAAUCCAUUAUUCGAAGCUUUACACGAAGCAGUUCAAAGAGGUGUAAAAGUAAGAUUAAUUGUUAAUUUUCAGUCCAUUAGAUCUGCGAGACAGCAAUUUCAAAAACUGUUAAAAUCAGGUAUUAAAGUUGCAUUCUAUGUUGAUAAGACAGAAAAAUUAAAUAAUAUUAUGCAUUGCAAAUAUAUGAUAAAAGACUAUGAUAUAGAAAAUGGAUACCUUUGUAUGGGUUCCAUGAACUUUACAAGUUUGACCACAAUGCUGAAUAACUUUGAAGAUGUUACAUUUACUUCAAAUGUUGGUGUCAUAGGGGAAUUCCACAAAAACUUUGAAAAUGCGUGGGAUAUGAUCAACAGGGAUAAUAGGAAUGUCUUUAACAAAACUGUUUUAAGAGAAUUUGGAUUUUUGGAAUAAACUUCUUUUUUUAUUUUGAAAUCUGAAAAUAACUACGUAUGAUCUCUUUUCUGCUGUGAAAUCACAAAUUUUUCAACAGCUGAAAUCAGAAUAAGUAGGUAAUAAUAGGCAUUAAAAGAAACAAACCAGUCAAACGCAGCAAAUUUGCAAGUAUUGAUCAAAUCUUUUCAUCUAGGUAGGUAACUAGUAGUAACAGAUUAAUAUUUGACAUUGUAGUUCAACCUCUAAUCUUUCGUCAGUUUGAUAGUUAUUGUAAUACAAAAAAAUGGCUGUUGGAACAAUUAAAGCGUUAUCAACUUUACCCACGCCUUACCGGCCCCACGACUACGCUUAUGAUCCUUUAUUUUUGGUUUCUGGUCCAAAAGACCAUUAUAAAGCAGCAAUACUGGCAAAAUUAUCCACUGCCAAAUUUCAAAUAUGUCCAAUUUUCGCAAACAUGUUUUCGGAUUUACCAAAUCACCCCCGCAAACACUAUGUGCGGCGUGAAUCUGCAAAACUACCAGCAUCUCUCAGGGCUUACAAAUCCAGACUUCAUACAAAGUUAGAUCAUGUCUACUCCAGACCAGUCGAUGUAGUUGGAGCCGACCGCUAUAAAUACUUUGAUAUUCCAAAAACUAGCAUAGGUUCAGACUUUAUCCCAAAACUACCACUUUUUAUAACCACACCCAGAGAAAAACUAAUGAAGGCCAGGCCCGAACAAAAACGUAAAAAUAAAAUGAUACAAACUGUAUUUAGAGAAACGUCGGUUCAAACAUCCCCGUGGGAACCUCCUUACGUCGUCACUGGAGAUACGUCUCCUGAAUUACUGAAACUCGAUUUUCUUAAGUGGGGUAGUGGGUUACCACCUGGUAUGCAUGAGGUGCAAUUACUUGAACGAGCAAGAAUGAAACGAGCUUGGGAAGAAAGGUGUGAGGUGAGAACUGAAGAAGAAAUGGAAAAACGAAUAGAUGUCAUUGCGGCCAUGGAGCGUGACGAAUGGGCAUUUAGAGAACAGGAAAUACAAGAUAUUCAAGAUCUCCGACUAAAACUGUUGGAAAAUAUGUUAAAUGAACUACAUGAAAAGUCCAACACAAGAAGUGAAUCUAAACUUAAAGUGUUUGCCGAAAUGAAGUAUGCUGAAAGAGAUCAAAAAUUAAAAAAGCUUCGCGACAAAACAAGAAGAGAAAUUAGAAAGCUAGAUUUGAAGCAUACCGGCGUAAACGUUAAAUAUCACUCCGUUAAUGUAGGUGAGGAACACAUAAAUCACACUUCUGAAAUCUACGGGCCUUUCAUGAGGCACGGAGAGCACCCGAAACGUUGGCACCUAGUCAUUGAUGAAGCCAUUACAAGAUAUAAAGCUCAAUUCGCCGGCGUUGAAGAUUUCAACACUUUACCACAAUGGCUCAACAGAGCAACUAAAAUUAAAGACUGUGUGUGUUUGAAAAUGAAAGGAACACGUUUAUGCAUGAGGGAAACGAAAUGGACGGCACCUGUACUUAAAAAACUUCAUGAAGAGUUACUGGCACUCCGAAAACAUGCUCCUGUACCUUGUACACUUAUAAAGAAAAUCGAGAGUCCUCCUUCAACUUUGAGUACCCCUGAAGUCGAAGGAAUUUCAGAUGGAGAUGAAGAAUUUUAUCAAGCGAUAGUGUUGGUUCAGGCUAUUAUAAAAGGACGUGCGGCACAGAUGCAUAUUUACGAAGGCCGUGAACGAUGCCGUGAAUUAAUCCAGGAACUCAAACACUCAUGCGGCCUGCUACAAGAAGAAAACGCGGAAUUACACGACUACAAACUAGACAUAAAAUUACAACAAAGAGAAGAGCAAAUUGCGACUGAAAAGCUUUACAGAUUACAAGAAAGUCUAGACGAACUACAAAGCACUGUAGUUGGAUCACUUCUAGAUUUUCUUAACAAAGAACUGCGACGAUUGUUGGAAGAACGUCGUGCACACGCAAUCUGCAUUAUCCUCGAACGGGAAAGAUAUGACAGAGAAGCUGCUGAAGCCGGAAGACGACAAGUUGAAGUGAGGCGAAGACGUGAACACGAUGAAAUGUUUAAACAAAUCGUCAAAAUACAACAAGAAACCGUCGAUAUGUAUCUUGAAGACAUUAUAAAAGAAGGAACGGAAUUUACGUCUGACCAAGAAGCAAAAGAGUACGUGCAAAGGCUGGCGAGAAAAAUUGACGAAGAAGCACAGAGGUUCAAAGAGGCAAUGUACGUGAGCAUGCAUGAAGAAGAAGAAACAGUGGCAGAUUUGGUGCAUCACUUUGUUUUACCAGAAGUGGAAAAACAGUUAAUACGACAAAAAAUUCAAAAAAAGCAAAGAGAAAAACUGAAAACUAUACACGACUUCGUUUACUCAGAAAUUGAAGAUGUGCAAAUUAAAAAAGUAGAACACCCCACUAGCAUACAGCGAAGCAUGGGAGAUAGUGAAUAUAUCCACAGAAGUGUUGGAACAGCUCGGGAAAUCUCAGCGACCCACAUUGCCGGUUUGCCUGAUAGUUCACCUUCUACUGCUGCAAGUAGCAGACCUCAAAGCGUACGUUCUAGUGUAUAGAAACCAUGAAGCAGUAGUGAACCUCACGAUUUUGGUAAAGAUAUGCCUUAGAAUCGUCAAAAUUUCAGACAAGACACAGUUGGUUAUCGCAUGAAUGGACAUUUAUUAAAUUACCUAAAAUACAUAAUUAAACUGGUUUGUAAUCAA